AACUUAUAUUUGUUAUUUAUAAAACAAAUCAUAUAUUGUUGAUGUGAAACUGUUUUGUGCCUAUUCAAGUCUGUAGAACAAAGUCUCUCUACUUUUAGUGGGCACAUUUUACGGAUUUGCAGGAUCAUAGAGUGUGCUUCAGAAAGUUCUCUCAUUCUCAUAGAUGAAAUCGGCAGUGGGACUGAUCCUUCGGAAGGUGUAGCUCUUGCAACAAGCAUAUUACAGUAUCUCAAGGAGAGAGUUAAUUUAGCAGUUGUGACCACCCACUAUGGUGACUUAACACGUUUGAAAGAGAAGGAUAGCCAAUAUUGUAAUGCAGCAAUGGAGUUUUGCUUGGACACACUGCAACCUACAUUUAGGGUUCUCUGGGGGAGCAUGGGCGAGUCAAACGCCUGGACUAUUGCUAAAUCAAUCGGCUUUGAUGAAAAAGUGAUUGAUCGGGCACAAGCAUGGGUAAACAAAUUUGAACCAGACAAGAUGCAAAAGCAGAAAUGUUUCCUUUACCAGUCACUAGUAGAAGAAAGAGAGAGGUUAGAAACUGAAGCAAAGAAAGCUGCCUCUCUUCACUCAAUUGCCAUGAAUCGUUUCCUUGAGAUUCAAGAUGAGGCACAAGAUUUAGUGGAACACGAAGAGGCUCUGAAGGCUAAGGAAACACAGAAAAUCAAACAAGAAAUGAGGGCUGUGAAGGUCAAGAUAGAAGCCGUACUGAAGGACUUCGAGCACCAACUGCAGAGUAUUGAUCUUGGCCAGGUAAAUUCACUUGUUAGAAAAUCAGAGUCUGCAAUUGCAUCCAUAGUUGAAGCUCAUCAGCCUUCAGAAGAACGUGUCAGAGAAAGAGAUCAAAUUAUUUAUACCCCAAGGGUAGGCGAACGUGUUUGUGUCAAGAGUUUAGGGAAUAAGUUGGCUACUGUUGUUGAAGAACACAGGGAUGAUGAAAUUGUUGUCGUCCAAUAUGGAAAAAUUCGAGCUCGCGUUGAUAAAAGAAAUAUAAGAGCCAUUGUAGCCAAUUCUACUACAACAGCUUCUGUCAUGAGUCCAAGAAAGCAGGUCCGACAAGGUAUGAAGAAGAAUAAUCUGAAGGAGUCAAGCAGACAAAGAGAAACUCCGUAGACUUGCGUGGGAUGCGAGUAGAUUAAGCUUCUCAUCAACUCAGCAUUGCCAUUGAUGGAAGAGGGCCAGAGCCCGUUCUCUUCGUUAUUCACGGGAAGGGAACGCGUGUCAUUACGGAAUUGGCCCUUAAGUUGCUGAGAGAUCAUCCUCGCGUUGCCAAGCUUGAACAGGAAAGUCCCAUGAAUUACGCUUGUACGGUUGCUUAUCUCAAGCAGUAAGUUUCUCCUUCACUCAGAUAUACUCCCUCCGACUCAGAGUAUUCGUUCAGUUUUACUUUUUCGAGUUAAACUGAAUGAACUUUAUUCACCAAAUACAUUAAAUCUAAUGAUGUUUGUACUGAUAUCUAAUGCAAUUUUUAUUUAAUUGACAAUCAAAGUUUGUCUAGUUUAAAAAAGGCAAUACCCAUAC